CUAAUAAACAUGGCUGAACUGAACACGGACGGUGAAUAACAGGACUGAACGCGUCUGCAGCAGCAGCACAGGACUCACACACACAUACACACACUCACUCAAACUGUUGAUUCAGGCAAGAAGACCGAACAUGACGUGAACGUUUAUACGGGGAAACUAAAGCAGCAAAAAGUUUGACAGCCGCCAACGAAGAGAGACUUCAGCGGGACAGACAGAGCAGGCUGAGCUCAGAUUCUACUGCACACAGAGCAGAUACUAAAUUUUGCUUUUGCAUUUAUGGAAAUUAUUCUUUAAACGCCUCUUCUACUGAAGAAACCCUGGAUUUGAUGCUUUGAGCUAGCAGUAAAACAAUUUUGGUUUACGUUUUAAGAGUCUUAAGCUGCUCUUAUAUGGAUUUACCAUUCGCAUUUUUGUUGUAUCGGCUCGUGUAAACUAUGUUCUCCGGUAAACAAACCAAGCCGACUUUCAAGUCUUAUCUUCCUCCACUUCAGACCGAUUUGAAGAAAAGUCCACAACUGCCUAUCAAGAAGCUAGAAGCAAAACUUUUACCAGGUGAAAUAGUUGUGAACGAGGCGAACUUUGUAAGGAAGUGCAUUGGUGCAGACAGUAGUCAGGAUGACCUCUGGGGCAAACUUGUGUGUACCAACUUCAAGGUCUCCUUCAUUGCCCAUAAUUCAUUGCCACAGCAGAGAUUUCAGUGUACCCACCGGCUUCUGGGUGAGCAUGAUAUCACGCUGGCUUGUGUGGAGCAGGUAGUAACAGUGAAUGAUGUUAAAGGGAAGCAGAAGAUCUUAGGAUCCAACCAGAAGCUGAAAUUUAACCCUACUGAGCUUAUUCUCUACUGCAAAGACUUCCGGAUCAUCCGAUUCCGCUUUGAUGAAGCUGGACCUGAGAGUGCUAAAAAGGUAUGCCUGGCCAUCGCUCAUUACUCCCAUCCUGCUGACCCACAGCUACUCUUUGGCUUUGAAUACGUCGGAAAGCGAUAUCAUGGAUCAGCGGGUGAGCGGGUGAAUGGUGUUGACCCUGGCGGGGGUUUGCAGACUCCCCUGUUUGACUGUUCUUCAGACUGGGACAGAGAGAUCAAGCGUACCGGUGCCUCCGAAUGGAGGGUGUGUACCAUCAAUCAAGGCUAUUUCAUCUCACCCAGUCUUCCAGAGUACUUUGUGGUUCCGGUCUCUCUAGCGGAUCAGGAUCUGAAGCAGUACGCCUGCUGCUUUUACUCUCAGCGUAUCCCGUUGUGGUGCUGGAAUCACCCCAGUGGAAGUGCUCUGGUCCGCAUGUCUAACAUCAAUGACCCGCAACAGCAAAGAAAAGUGGAACAGAGGAUUUCCAGCGCCAUCACUAAAAGCCACCCACUGCGCAGUGAUGUCUUCAAGUCGGAUUUAGACAAAAACCUCCCAAACAUCCAGGAUAUUCAAGCUGCUCUUCUGAAACUGAGACAGAUCUGCGUUAUAGAGUCAUUUGAGGAGUCUGAAGAGAAAUGGCUGUCAUCCUUAGAGAGUUCAAGAUGGAUGGAGUAUGUCAGGACAUUUUUGCAGCACGCAGUAGAGGUUGUCUAUAUGCUGGAGAGUAGACAUGUGUCUGUCAUACUCCUUGAGAAGGAGGACCGGGACCUGAGCUGUGUGAUUUCCAGUCUGGUGCAGCUUAUGUGUGAUCCUCACUGCAGGAGUCUGCAUGGCUUCCAGGCUUUGAUCCAGAAGGAGUGGGUGAUGGCUGGGCAUCGCUUCCUGGACCGCUGCAACCAUCUGAAGAAGAGUGACAAAGAGGAGUCUCCUUUGUUUCUGCUGUUCCUGGACUGUGUGUGGCAGCUAUGGAAUCAGUAUCCAGCAGCGUUCGAGUUCACUGAGGUCUACCUGACAGUGUUGGGGGACAGUAUGUGGGUCCCUGUUUUCAGCACCUUCCUCUUCAACUGCCCUCGACAAAGAGCAGAGCACAGCAGGGAUUUUGCAAGCAGUAAAAGUAUUCACCUGGGGCAGGACCAGGCUCUGCGUUUUCCUCCAGUGUGGGACUGGUCUCAACAGUUCAGCCUUAAAGACCAGACUCUUUUUAAUAAUCCCCUGUACGUGGGCAAGAUCGCCACCUGUUUGCAGAACGGCACAGUGAAGACCUUUACACACAGGCGCAGCAAGAAAAACUACAGUUCCACUGUGCGCGGUUUGCCUUCACUCAUGCGGAAUGGAUCUCUUGGGCCGAACGACACCCUGACCCGCCGAAACUCUCUUGUGCUGCGCCUGCGUUCUGACUUGUCUCAGGUGCGGGAGCAGCAGGAGACCCCAUCAGAGCGCUUCGUUCGGGACUUCUUCUCUCGGCCCGUCGAUCUGCAAGGUCUGCUGCUCCCCCAGCUCCUCCCGUCUCACCUCUCCGUCUGGAAGCUGUACUUCCUACGCUGGGUCCCUGAGGCCCAGAUCCCACACGGCGGGCCUGUCACUGCCUUCCACAAGCUCUCAGUGCUCACAGACGAGAUCGAAAUGCUCCAGAAUCAGCUGAAGCAGUACAAAGGAGCAGGCGGGACCGCUAACACAUCCCACGCAGAGCAUAGCAAAAUGUACUUUAAGGCCACUUCCACUCCUCAGCAGUGCCCUGCUCCACCAGAAUACCUCAGCUCCUCGUUCCCCUUCUCUCCUGUGGGCAAUCUGUGUCGGCCUAGCAUUUUGGGGACUCCUCUAAGCAAGUUCCUCAAUGGGGCCAAAAUCUGGCUCUCUACAGAGACGCUGGCCAAUGAGACCAUCUGAGGAUCAACAUGAAGAUCUCGCUUGUUGUGAAUGCACAGGCUUGUGGUACAGACACGUUUUAUCCAGUCUGUUGAGAGCAGUCAACUGGUGAGGUUUGUUUUUUAAUUUUGAAUUCUUGCACAUGAUUAAAUAUAAAGCUCCAAUCGCACAUCUUUCUGACUUGGGAUUGUUUGGAUCUGUUCUACCUGUGUUGUGGUGGAUUUUUUUUUCUUGAAGAGUUUGUGGCAUUAGAUGGAAAGGAAGUUAAACCGGUAAUGCUUUGCAUAUUUAUGGGUCAGUUUGUUUAUAUUAGAUAAAGCAUUUGCUAUCACGAACAAACAAUAAAUGGUUUAUAUUUACAUUUACAUUUACAUUUAGUCAUUUAGCAGACGCUUUUAUCCAAAGCGACUUACAAAUGAGGACAAGGAAGCAAUUUACACAACUAUAAGAGCAGCAGUGAACAAGUGCUAUAGACAAGUUUCAGGUGUGUAAAAGUCUAAAUAAUAUAUAUAUAUAUUAUUACUAUAUAAUACUACUAUAUAACUAUAAACUUAAUAAACUAUAAACUAUAACUUAAAUAUUACUAUAUAACACAAAUUAGUAUGUGCAAUUCACAUUUCCAAUGUUUUUACAACUUCAAAUGGCUUUUAUUGCAUUGGAAAUCAUUUUAUUCUGUUUAUUCCUGUGAUGGCAACUUCAGCGUCACAUGAUCCUUCAGAAAUCAUUCUAAAUACACAUUUGCUUUAUUUGGUAUGGUUAUCUGUUGUAAACGGUUAACCUGCUUAAUAUUGAUUAAAAACGUUGCAUUUCUUUCUGGACUUUUUGGCUAAUAUAAAGUUCAGAAGGAUCACAUAUAUUUGGAAUGCAAAUCUUCUAAAAAUUUGUGAAAACAUUGUGAAUUCAUUUGAAAUCAGUAAGAAUGCUUUAAAUUGGGGUUUAAAAUGUCAUUUAUUUCCUAAAAAUGUCUUGCCGAUGCCAAAUUGUUAAUUUAAACAAUUUUAAUUCAUUUUUAUCCGCAACACAUUCAGUGUUUAUACAACUUAAAACUAGAAUGGGCUCUAUGCACAGCUAGUGUUUUUCAGCCUGUGAUGAACCUCAAGUGAAAGGUUUAUGUGAGUAUUUUCAAUUUAAUAAGCUUCUUUUUACAGCAUCGAUGUUGUAAUGUGAUUAAAAUACAAUCAGUUAAAUAGACUUAAGCAUACAUUUGGUUGUAAAAGCGUAAAAAGAGACCAAAAAAAAAAAACAUUUAAACGCAGCCGCCGUCAUUAGCUGCAGGCUAGCGCAGAAAAUACUGGGGUAAAAUUAAUUUUUAUCAUGCAAGAAAGAACAUUACAAAGAUACAGUAUGAACAAGAGACAAAAAGGGUUACAUAAAUACCAUUUAUAAGUUUAAAUGAUUUACACCAAGAAAGAGUUUUACAUGCAAAGUAAUUGUUAGAGUCUUUUAAAGAGUUCACAUGUAGAUCAAAGUCCUUUCUCAAAAUAAAAAAGCAAGGGUGUUUCUUCGAAAAUGUACAUUUAUGGCUGUAAAAUUUUGCCAAAAAAGCAACGAAUUAAUAAUAAAAAUACAACGAGAAGGAUCUACAUUCAGGGAGUAACCAAAGAAUACAACUUUUGGGGAAGUACAAGUUUGGAAAUAAGAAUUUUUCAUGAAAUUGGAGAAGUCAAUCCAAAAAAACUAUACACUAAGUGCACUCCCAAAAUAAAUGAUUUAGUGUUUCAUCAUAUUGAGUACAAAAUGAGAAUUUAGAGGAAAUAUUGCUAUUAUAUUUAGCUAGUUUGGUAGAAAUCAGAUCUUAAUUCAGCUAUUUUGUAUGGGAUGACAAUUCACCGGAAGCCCUGGGGCUGUCUGUCUGAAAUUAUAACUCUGUGUGCAUAUACCCCAUUGAAUACAAUUAUAGAAUGACCAUUAAAUGCAUGUUCUUGAUACCUAAUGCACUAAUUAAAGAACAAACUGAUCCUCAUUAUAAGGCAUUAUCAUAGAACUGUAAAUGAAAUCUGUAAAAUGUACAUAUCUUUUCAUAGAUUUAAGAUUUCUUGAAGCCUUCUGGCAAGGUCUAACUGUAGCUAGCUUUAUUAAAAUCAGUAACCAAAAUUGUGAAACUUGAUAUGGGAGCGGACAGGGUUUAUCAGUGUAAACCCCACAGCAGGCAAUAAACUGUGCACACACGGGCGUCUCUCAGGCGGGCUGGAACCGCGCGGCGCGCUCUUUCUCUCUCUGAAGCACAGCAUUGGUUGUUUGGAAAUGACUGACAGCUGCUCGAGCCAAUCAGCUGGUUAAUUUGACGAGUAGCGAAGCAGGCGGCAUCUCAAACCCAAGUGUCAAAUAAGAGUUGAGGAAAUUGUGCUGAGGCACCUGUGAACUUUUGCUUUAGCUAUUUGGAGUUAUUUUAAUAGUGCAACCGUGAUGUUGUUGGUUUGAUAUGUAGCCUUUACAUAUUAUAGAUUCUCUUAGUGGUUUGGGAUUGCAUUUUUAUUUUAUUUUUUUGUACAAAAUUAUAGUUUGUUUUCUCCUAGAACUGGUACUCACCCAUUUCCCCCGAUACCCUAGUCUGAAGUAAUGCACAGUAAGUGUGUAGUUUACCGCGAAUGCUGUCGUGAGUAUGACAACUGUGUUUGUUUGUAACAACAGCACAGUUUGAUUUGUCAAACAGCACUGAUAUUUAUUCAGUUAUGCUAAGAAACUAAAACAGGGAUCUUGUACAAAUCCUCUGUGCCUUGUUUUGGCCUCUGAACUGCAGUGAACCUGUUGUUGUUCUGGAUAUUAAAAAAGAAGAAGCUUCACAGCUCAUCGUGGGAGUUUUCCAUUGGUGUGUAAGUGAACAAUGCUGACUAAUUCCAAAGCUUUGUGUGGAAAUGAAUCAGAUAUCAGAGGUUGGACUGUUGUGUUUUAAUAAAGGUUACUUCGGUUUGUUUGUAAGCUAGCAAUAUGCAAACUUUGGCUCUUCAGAUUUUCAUGCAAAUAAAAACAAUUGCCCU